UUAUACAAAGAAACAAGAUCAUCAUAAGCCUCAUAUUGUAUUUUACCUCCACUUGAGAAAUCGUUUUAAAUUAAUUAAUGAAAUUGAUAAGAUGUUGCAUCAUAAAACAAUGCGAAAUAUGACGAAAAAAUGCAGCGAAAUCUUUGUUCAGUUGGAAGGCUACAGCGUAAAGAUGGGUCAACCUUUCGCCUUACGAUUAUGUAAGAUCUCGGACUGACUGACCUUUAGGUUCGUUCAUGGCAUGCGGCAUUUACGUAAUUUACCGAUUACGAUGUAUUAGAAUCUUCUGUGCCUAGAAAAUAGUUCUCCUCCCCGCUCUAAUAUUUUUAAGCUACGUUAUAUAUUUGUCCUAUCUCCCUUUUACUUAUUUUUUUCUUCGAAUCAUUUUUUUUGUCAUCUUUCAAUUAUUUAUCUUAACUUCUUAAUGAAUCUAUUAAUAUAAAAAUUAUUUCAAUCGUUCAAAAAUUUUUUCAAAAAUUUUAUUGAUAGUAGAAAUCUAAUUUACAAAUUGGAUAAAUAAUUUUUAAAGUAUGUUUCAUAAUAGUAAAAUGUAAGAAUGAUGUAAAUUAUCGAUAAAUACUUUACACGUGUUAUCAUAAUUAACUUUUAAACAUUUUUAAUCGAUAUUAAUUUAGAAAUAGCAAUUCAAAAUAAUUGUGAAAAUAUGUGUUAGAUAUCGCAUUGUUUGUAUUAAUAAAAUGAUUUCAAUUUUAUAUAAUAUAUAUUCAAUUUUUUAUGCAUAUUUAUUUAUUCAUUUAAAUGUAUAUUUGGCUAAAAAUAUUUUUAUUUAAUUUUUACUAAUAGAAAUUUAAGUUUUCAAUUGCAAGAUAUAAUUUGUAUAAUUUUUUAUAUGGAUAACCUAUUUAGAAAAAUAUACUUUCCUUUUUUUUUAAUAUAUGUAUUUCUUUGGAGAUUAUUUAAUGAAAAGAUAAAAUAAUUAAAAUUGUUCUAUUAUAAUAAUAAGUAAAAUAUUUUUUUAAUUAAAAACAUAAAAACUCUCUUAUUAUAUUCCACUUAUUCAUAUUUCUUUAACAGAAGAUCUCAUAACUGGCGACAUCUGGAAAUAUUGGAUUUAGUAUGUAAUAAUAACGUAACAUGUUACUUACGUAUUUUCUUCUCUUUUCAUCUCCUUGAUAAUAAUAAUAUAAUUUAUUUUUUUUCUUGAAAAUAUAAGGGAAUUAAAAGAUAUAAUAUAAAUUAAAAAUUUAUAUUAUUAAAUUAAAGAUUUAUAUAUAAAUUGUAGAUUUAUAUAUAAAUUUAAUACUAAAUUCUUUUAAACUUUUUAUAUUUUUAAUUAUUUUAUUAAUAUAUUUUAGAAAAAAAAAUAAUGUUAGAACAAACAAUACAAGCUUUAACAACAAGUAGAGUUAUAUUAGCUAGUGCAUCUCCUAGACGAUAUGAAAUAAUGAAACAAUUGGGUAUAAAUGUAGAAAUAGUGCCAUCAAUGUACGAUGAAAAUUUAGAUAGAUCAAUAUAUAAAAAUUAUGGAGAAUAUGUACAAGAUUUAGCAAAAUAUAAAGUACAAGAUGUAUAUAAUAGAUUACAAGAUGUUAUACCACCUUUUUUAAUAAUUGGUGCUGAUACUAUAGUAACAAUGGGUAAUAUUAUUUAUGGAAAACCAAAGAACAAACAUCAUGCUUUUGAAAUAUUAUCGAGUUUAGCAAAUAAAGAACACAUAGUUUAUACUGGAGUAUGUUUAAAAACAUCAAAAAAAGAAGUAAAUUUUUAUGAAUCUACAAAAGUAAAAUUUGGUGAUAUAUCAGAAGAACAAAUAUGGACAUAUAUAAAAUCAGGAGAACCUCUAGAUAAAGCUGGAGGAUACGGUGUACAAGGUCUUGGUGGUUGUUUAAUUGAAAAAAUAGAUGGUGAUUUUUAUACAGUAAUGGGCAUGCCAUUAUAUUCAUUGACAAAACAGUUGAAUGAAAUGUUCAAUAAUAAUUAACCAAUAAUUAAUAAGCAAAAUAUAGUUAAAUAAAUUAAAACUUAACUUAUUUUGUAAAUAAAUUUAUUUGUAAAUAAAUUAAGAAAAUAAAAGAUAAUUUAUAAUU